UAGCGACCCACUCAGUCACCCCCAGGAUGAGAGGCAAAUCCGAGUUGCGAGUUAGAAGCCUUCGGCUCUAAUUCAAGUUUCUGCCAUUCCUCCGCUAUGUGAUGUCCAGCAAGUCACUGAGCCUCAAAUUUCUCCUUCUGUAAAAUGAGGGUAGUAUACAGCUACAGCCCAAGACUGUUAUGAUGCACAGAGAAAGGGGCUCGGUCUUUUAAUAUUCCCAAAGCUCUGGGUUCCAGGUUCUGAUCCUUCAUCUCCUUCACAGUUGAAGGACGCUGAAAGAAACGGGAAUGGGUGAAUUUUCUUGCAAUUUCAAUUUUCGGAAGCUCUACAGAGCGAACCGUAACCUCCCUUGGCUGUAGCGCUCCAAAAUUUCCGGUGGAUAGGCCGGAAGUACUAGGCUGGGUGGGUUGUCCAGGCCUCUGUCUGCCCGAACUCGGAGGGUGGGGCUUGUGUGAUUGGGAGAGGCGGGGACUGCGCCCAAAGCUGCCUGGGUAAGGGCCAAGAUGGCCGCCUCCUGCCUGGUACCUGUGUGAGGCCAGUGGAGACGGUGCCAUCUCUUUUGAGGUCACGUCUGGCCCUCAUACUGGGACUUUUUUGGUAUGCCGUUGAGAGACAGUCUAGAGUAAUGGCAGGGGUUCUCUCUUGGGCAGGUAGAAGCUUGUGGGGCUGGAUGCCCUACGCAUGCAGAAGCUUCUCUAUGGGUGUUCCGCGAUUGACCAUCCGUAUAAGGCUCACCCUCCCGCCCCCCAAAGUGGUUGAUCGGUGGAACGAGAAGAGGGCCUUGUUCGGAGUAUAUGACAACAUCGGGAUCCUGGGGAACUUUGAAAAGCACCCCAAACAACUAAUCAAGGGCCCCAUAUGGCUUCGAGGCUGGAAGGGGAACGAAUUGCAGCGUUGUAUCCGGAAGAAGAAAAUGGUUGGAAAUAGAAUGUUCUUUGAUGACUUGCAUAACCUUAACAAACGUAUCAGCUAUCUCUAUAAGCACUUUAACCGACAUGGGAAGUAUCGGUAGAUCGGAAAGCUGGGAACUGUGGAAGAGGCAUCCAUCUCUAGCACUCUGAAAAAGGGGAACAGAACUUUUCCUUAUGAGGAAAGGAUUUUGUUUUCUCUCUGUAAUAAUAAAAUGUGGCUUCUUUGGAAUCAGA